AUGGAUGAUUUGAAAAUGAAUGAUGCACUGAGAUUUGUUCAGUCAUUUGCAUUAACUUCAUACAGCUGCACGAAACUUCUGGCAAUUCUUGAUGCUGAUGAAACACCUCUGGAAGGCGAAUUUCUUCAGGAAGCCAAAAAGGCGGCAGUGUUUGUUAAGGGUUACAGAUUACGAGGCGCAAAAGGUGGUGAAAAGUUCCUCAAUCGCAUAAAUGAAGCAGUUAGUUUGCAAGAAUGCGUAAAGAAAGAAAUGGAUGAGACGAAUUUCGCGAUCACUCUGAAUCCACCGCCAGCAAUGUUUGAUUUAAAUGAGGAGAAUUCGAAGCAGUUGUCUCUAGAGCGUAUGAGUGUGGAAGAAGCGGCUCAGGAAGGAAACGAACAUGAGAAAUGGUCAUCAGUAAUUUUCGAAAUUUCGAACAGCAUCGAAUGCGCUGGAGCUGUCAUUUCACUGCUCAAAGCUAAACCCUUCUUAUUGACAAACGCCCUCGUGGCUUCCACGAUCCUUAUUCCUUUGGCGGUUUCGAAGAAAAAAGAUGUUAAUUUAUCAGACGAAUUUGAUUCUCUGGUUGGAAAUGUACUCAAUUUACCAAAUCUGUCUAUUCCAGAGUCUGUAAGACGAAUUUUAUAUAGCCGUGGUGGAGGUCUGUACUUAUGUACUUACGCAUGUUUCGGUUUUCAGCAGCAUACUUCAGUGUUUCAAAACCAGCAACUGAGAUAUAACUUUUUAUGCAGCAUUUGCUAUUACUCGGGCUUCUUCCCGUGUUCCUUCAUUUUUUGUUGGGAACAAAUGCGGAGGUUUUUUUUUUACUUUUGGGCACAGGAAAUGCAGAAAAUGAAUUUUCAGAGUGUGCAAUCGAAAUGGAAAGUCCGCGCUCCCCAGAUUAUGACACAUACGACCCAGAAAGCAUUUUGA